AUGUCUGUAGUGGAUGCCGAGGAAAUAUUCGCUCGAACCUUUGACUAUAUUGCUCGUCUCAUCAAUGUUCCUAUCUCGGUGUUUGGUAUCAUCACAAAUAUUUUUCAUUUUCGAAUUCUCGCACAAAAAUCGAUGAGGUCUAGUCCGGUGUUUACGAUUAUGAUGGUGAUUUGUAUGUCGGAUAUAAUUCAGUUGGUUUCUCAGAUGGGUAAUGAUAUAAAGUACAUUGUUCAAUACAACCAUCCGGACUAUUGUCCCACUGUCGACACUUAUUACGUCACGUUUUUCACGAUUGUCUAUUAUUUUUUGAACGGGUUCUCACUAUUUGUUUCCUCUUGGAUGGCUGUGUUGAUGGCGUUUUUCAGAAGUUUGUCUAUUAAGUUUGCUAUGAGCUCAUUCUCCGAAACGUUCUCCAAAAAAUCGACUGCGCAUCGAAUCGCCAUUACAGUAACCCUCAUUGCAUUCUUCUAUAAUUUGUUAUGUUGUCUUCUGAAAUAUUCCAUAACUCCCCCAACAAUAGUGCCCACGUGUCCUGGAGAGGGCCCCUAUUACAUCAUCGGCGGCACGAAAACCAACUCGCACGCCCGUAUUAUUUUCACAUUUUUCGACGGGAUCACCGAAUUGUUCCAACUGAUUUUUUUCACCUAUUCUACCGUAUUCCUAUCAAGAUUUAUUCGGGAAGCGUCGAGGAAGAAAGUGAUGAAAAAUGUGGAGGAGAGGAAGACUGAGAAGACGGAGGCGUUGAUUCUGUUCACUUUAUUACCCUUUUUUGCAUUCAUGUUUCCUACUAUAAUGGCCAAUUUUUCGUAUCCUAUAUUGGUAAACUUCAAUCGGGUUCCAACCGUCGUCACAAUGUCUGCUAAGAUACUCACAAUGCUCCAAACCAUCAACGCGAGCAGUCACUCAAUCGUCUGUAUCCUAAUGUCUUCCCAAUAUCGAGACGCGGCGAAAGUGAAAUGUGGACCUAAGCGAAUGAGGUCUACGAGUGUUUCUGGAUAA